AUGGCAGUGCCUGCGGCCGUCGCCCCGCGGCGGCGCGAGCGCAUAGAGAUCAACAUCCCCCUCCGCCGGCGCUACGUCCGGGGCUCCGGCCCCAAGUCCCAACCGAUAUCCCUCCUGCCGCCGCGCGACUCCGACGCCUUUAUCGUCGACAAGGUCAUCGACCCGGCGACCUCCCUGCCCGGGAAGCUGGGUCAGAAGAAGAUAUGCUACAUCAUCGGCUGGCCCGACCUGCCGGCGGCGCGCGUACUCAUCCCCUGCUGCCGCGCGCUCGAGUACGUCUCCCCGGGCGUCAUGGAGGACUGGGAGUACAGGGAAUCGCUGCGCCGCGAGGAGGAGGAGUGGCAGAGCGCCGUCGACGAGGCCAAGGCCGCGUCCCUGAGGGAGGUCGCGCGUAAGCCGCGGGGCCGCCCGCCAAGGGGCUCGUACGUGGAGCGGCCGAUCAGCCCCCCGCCAAUGCCGGGUCGGAAGACGGAGGAGGAGCAAGGAGUCGUGCGCAAGAAGGUCUCUGGCCCGUCCCUGUCGACGCCGAGCAAGAGGCGCCUGGCGGAUUUCCUGGAGGCGGGGGAUGUGCUGGCAGGUGGUGGUGGAGUGGAGGAUGUCACGGAUGAGGACGAGCAGGCCAUACUACAGCAGCUGCAGGGCGAGCUGUCCGAUGGUGCGACGGAUGCGAUGAGCGGAUUCGGCCUGUCGAGGAGUGAACACUCUGAGGAGGACAUGGACGUCGAUCUUGUGCCGACGCCCUUGACACAAGAGACUCAGGUGCCGCUUCCGAGCUAUGUUGGCAGUUUCACGCCCAUUCAGCAGAUCACUCUUAGCCCAGUGAAGACAGCCACAUCUGCGCCGCCGGAACCUGCAGUCAUCAGGAAAGAAACCCGGAUUUCGCCACCGCUCUUGGGCAUGAAGCCCAAGAACCAGAGUACAAAGCCAGGCCCGGCUGUGAAUGGCCAUGCGCCCUGUCCAUCAGCAGCAAAAACACAGGAAGCCAAAGCAAUGCUGCAGAAGAAAAAGCCAGGACCAAAGCCACGCGGUAAAGACACAGUUCAGGCCAACGGUACUACAGGACUAUUGCCGGAGCACCGGAAAGAUCAGGCCAGACCGCCCACUCAGAAGAAGCCAAAGACCUCGCCGGCCCCGCCAGCCUCCUCAAAGCCCGACCUCGGAGCACUAGGCAAGCUCCAGGACCAGUCAGCCGCCGCCGCCGAGACCACCGCCCAGGCAGAGCAGGCGUACGAGGUUAAGCGCCUCGAAGGCGACCAAUGGUUCGAGCUCGAGGACGGCCGCAUGGUGCGCUACUACAAGGUGCGGUGGGUCGGCGACUGGCCGCCGGACCAGAACCCGACGUGGGAGCCCGAGGAGAACAUCUCGCGGAGUUUGGUCAGGAAGUACCUCAAGCGCAAGGAGAAGAAGGAGGCCGGAGGGUCUAGUCUGCCCUCGACGCCGCAGAAGAAGCAGCAGCAGCAGCCGUCUGGCAAGAAGAAGGGGCCGAGCGCGCAGAGAACGCUGUCCCCCUGGAUGGGCAGCCGCAAGUUCUCGAGUGUGCAGGAGGCUUUUGAAGGCGAGGACGAAGGUCGUGCGGACAGCGAGGGUCGGGUUCAUGACGCCAAUGACGCCCUUCAUGGAACCGAAGAGCCGCAGGACGAUGAUGAGUUCAAGGUCACCGAAGAUAAGACAUCGCUUUCGGUGUCGUCGCCUCCGCCCCGGACUAGUCUCGGAGUCAAUCUGGCGAGGCAGUUUUCCAUGUUUGGCAAGAGGUAG